AUGGCUGAAGGAGGCGAUGCGUCGCGGCGUCAGCCAGCAGAUGUAACUGGGUCGGGAAGAAACGGGUCAGAGGGGAACGGUUCAGCAGGAGAGGAGCCAAUCCCAUCGCAGGCGUUAGAGCGGGAAGCGAAGCAAGUGUCGGGUGGGAAACGGGACACGCAAGGUUCAGGGGAAGUUGGGAAGUUGACAGAGCGGGAAGAGCGGGAAGAGCGGGCAGAGCGGGAAGAGCGGGCAGGGCGGGAAGAGCGCUCAGAGCGAGAAGAGCGGGAAGCAGGUGACGCUGCAGUGCGGGCGGACAGUCACGGCCAGCGGGCGACGGAGGCCGCUGCUGACGAUGCUCGCGGCUCUUCUGAGUCGCCUCGAAAGGCUGUUUGUGCUGUCGACGCUGGUGCUGGCGAUGCUCAAGCCGUGCCUCGUGGCGACACCACGUCCACCGCUGUAGCAGGCGGUGAGGCGGGCGGUCAGGGGAUUACCGCCGAUGCUGUCAUGUCGCAGCUGGCGGACAUGCGGGGCAUGAUCGCGCGCCUCAGCAAGGAGAACGAGUCUCUGCGCGCCAUAGUGGCGCUGCAGCUCUCCGCGCAUGGGGGGAACGGCCCCUCCGCGCAUGGGGGGGACGACCCCCCUGGGAGACCAGAGAAUCCCCGCCCGUCCGCCCACAGGGGGUCGCUCUCCCCCCCCGACUCCGCCUCCCAGCAGCGCUGCAGCGUGGGCCGUCCGAUCAGAUCCGUGGGAAUGGACCGCAGCGAUUCCACGAGCGAGAGGGCGGAGGAGGGACAGCAGCGGCGGCGGCGGCGACGGCGGGGAGGGGAAGGAACCAGGGAAGGGGAAGCGGAGGAGAGAGGGAGGGGAGAGGGGGAGGUGAGGGACGCAAGGUGGAAAGGGGAGUCGGUGUGUGGGCCGGGCGGAGGGGCAGGUGGGGAGCGGGCAGGCACGAUGGCAGGCAGUGCAGUGGGUGGGCAGGGGAGUGAGCAGGGGGAUGGGCAGGGGGGAGAAGGCAGUGACGAGGAGACUCGCGAUGAGUGUGCUGUGGAGUCACGGGUGGUGGGUGCUCGAAGCAGGGCGGGCGCAGGGGAGGAGCACGGGGAGGGCGUGGGUAGCAGGAGGAAGGGCCGUGCAAAGGGCGAGCAGGAUGGGGACUUGGAAAUGGGGGAGGCUGGGAUGGAAAAAGUGACGGUUGAUGAGAGGGGGUUGGGAAGAGGAGAAAGUGAAGAGGAGGGAGAGAGUGAGCAGAGCAAGGGGGAUGAGAGGGCGUGCAAGAGGCAGCGAGGGGAGGCGAGCACAGUGGGCGAGGAGAGUGUGCGCGCUGUGGCGAGUGGUGGUGGCGCUGCAGAUGCCAUGGACGUGGGCGAGCAGGGCAGAGAGCAUGCGCGCGAGGGGGGACAGGAGAGGCAGCAGGAGGUGGUGCGGGGAGAUGAGAGAGCAGACGACGCAGCCAGCCAAGGGAGCCGAGAGGGCGGCAGCAGUGCUGGUGGUGGUGAUGGUGGGGGGAAGCGAGUGUUGCCUCGAAGCCGGCUGUGCUGUGCUGCCGCUCCACCCCCUUUGAAGUGUGCGGAUGGCAGGGUAGGAGCAGGUGAGCAAGGCACGAGGGGGGCACAGGAGGAAGUGACGAGGGAGGGUGGGCGCAGCACAGAUGGCGCAGGGGCUGGAGAGCAAGAGCUGUCGGACGGGGGCCAGUGGCGCAAGUACGGGCAGAAGGUAUCAAAGGGCAACCCCUGUCCGCGCGCCUACUACCGCUGCACGGCUGCGCCGGCCUGCCCGGUGCGCAAGCAGGUGCAGCGGUGUGCGGACGACAUGGCGUUCCUCAUCGUCACGUACGAGGGCACGCACUCCCAUGCACUCGCCCCGCACGCCACCGCCAUGGCCAUGCUCACCUCCUCCGCCUCCCUCGUCUCCUCCGCUGGCGCGCAUGCCCCGCUCCCCUCGCCCUCGCUCUUCGCCCCCUCGUCCGCCUCCUCCCCCGCUGCCUUCCCCGCCCACCACGCGUUCCCUCCACCGCCGUCGCUGAUGGGAGCAACAGCUGGGGCAGGAACACCAGGCAGCUCCACUCUCCACACACCCACUGCUGCUGCAGCAGCAGCGUCAGCGUUCCCCUCGGACCCGUCUCUGCUGGCGUCACCACUUGCGACGCCCACGCUGGCGGGCACGCCCUCGUCGCCGUUUGUGACGGCCACGGCUGCCCUGCCCACCGUCACACUCGACCUCUCCUCCUUGCCCCCCCACCAGCUCGCUCAGCUGGGCCUGGGGGUCACUGCAGGGGGACAGGCCGCAGGGAGUGGCAUGGGCGGGGGAAUGAGCACUCCUGCUCUUGGCACUACUGGUGGUGCUGCUCUUAGUGGCUCAUCUGCUGCACCACUUGCUCUGCCAUCCUCCCCUCCCGCGCCACCAGCUUCAGCAGCAGCAGCCGCACCACCCAUGCACCCACCAGCAGUGCCAUUCACGGCCGUAGCACACACGCCUGGGGGUGCUGCUGCCGCUCCCACACCUGCCAGCACCCCCACCAACACCGCUGCCACCCCCACAGGCGCCCCCUGGUGGUGGCCUGGCGCUCCUGCCCCCUCGCCUUCCUCCGCCCCGCCUCCCCCCACUGCCCCGCUCGCUGCCCCCUCAGCGCCCGCUGCCGCCCCUGCAGGCGCAUCCACAGCGGCGCCGUCCUCUGCAGCGUCCACACCGUCGCCCAUCCACGGCUUGCUGCUCCCCACCCCCCUCCCUGCCUCUGCCUCCACACCCCCUGCAUCCACCGCUGCACUCUUCUCCCCCCCCGCGGCUGCUGCUGCCACUCCUUCUCACCUUGCCCACCCGCCCACCCCGCCCUCUGCUGCUCGCCCCACCAUAAGCGGGGUGGCAGCAGCAGGCGAUGAGGCGCCGCCCCUCAUUCACAUUCCCCGGCGCCGUGUCGUCGCGGAGAAGAUCACCAGCGACCCCGCCUUCAAGACCGCCCUCGCCACCUACAUCGCCUCGCUCCUCUCCACCCAGCUCUCCUCCGCCGGCGCUGCUGCCGGCCCCACCCCCGCCGCCACCCCCACUGCUGCUGGCCCUGCUCCUCCUGUUGCCCCUGCACCCCUGGGUGCUGACGGCAGUGGUGCAGCCAUCCCCCAGCAGCAGGCAGUAGCAUCCGUGCACCAGCACCAGCACUCCAUGCUCCUCUCCUCGCCCUCGUUUGGCCCCUCGCUCUUCCCUGUCCUCGCUCCCUCGACUGCUGCCGCACAUGCCCCUACCACCUGGCCCUUCACCCCAUCAGCCCCCCACGCAGCCACUGCACCAGCAGCACCAACAUCACAAGCAGCGCUGCCAGGUGCUGCAGACGCGACUCAAGCCAUGCCGCCAGCACAGCACCAAGCCGCUGCAGUGCCGCACCAAGCAGCAGCUCCGAGCACAUUGCUGCUGUCGCCAGGCAACUCUGCAUCGCUGCUGCCCUCCCCCCUUGCCGCUCCCAUGACCCCAGCGCCAUCUCCUCUUGGCUUCUCGCACCUCUUUCAACCGGCCUCCACCACUCCUCUUGAUCUCUUCCCACAGGUGGCUGCUGGGAAGGAUCAGUCCAGCUCGCCCAGCUUUCACUCCAACACUAAUCGACCCUGCUGA